AUGUUUCAAGGGUUCUUAAAGGGAUAUAGGCACCUCGAUAAUAACAUAGCAUUUCGCACCGUGAUUCACGUUAGUGUGUAUCUGAUUUACUUCGGCAGUAGAGGCACUGAAAAGCAAAUUAAGGAGGUUAUUACGGUGGGAAGAGAUUUGAUCGUCCACGGCUGGAGGAAAGAUAAGGCCUGGUUCGCGGACAGCACUCUUAGUUGCCUAUUCACAGCUUAA